UGUCCUGGGUAUGAUCUUCUAUUUCUCCACGGAUUCUUAUUUACUUUCCAAGUUUUGCCCAAUUUCUUCGAUUCUUAUGCACCAGGGUUUCAGGAAGAAGGCUUAUCUGAGCUCAUUAGUGCCACCGCAACGACCACCAGCACCACAAAGACAAUGGUCGGCGUCUCACCCUCCAGCCGGAGCACCAGUGACGACGACGACUUCCUUCUUCCCGAAUUUAACGAGCUUGUUCUCAAGGACUUCGAGCUAACAGUCAAGGACGCAGAGAGCAAUGCUUCAACUCCCACACCAAGAAGAACCGACACAAAAGAAGAUAAUACAUCAAUGGAGCAAGAUAUUUCCCAGCUUAAGAACUUGGUUUUCGCACUCCGUGAGAGGGAGAGGAAUCUCCAGCUCCAGCUCGUCGAGUGUUACGGGAUGCAAGGGCGGGAGGCUGCCUUGAGGGACCUGGAGAGCCAGUUGAAGAUUAUUAACUUGGAAGCGAAGUUGUUCGGGCUAAAGAUUGAAUCUUUGCAGUCGGAAAACCAGAGGCUAAAAGCCCAAGUUUUGGUUCAUUCGAGAGUGAGGAGUGAGCUUGAGGAUGCUGACGUGAAGAAUAAGGUUUUGAAGAGAAGGAUUAAGUUGGAUGGGGAGCAGACAAGGGAAAAUAUUUCUGUUCAUCAUCAGAUGAUUGGUCUGUUUCAGGACAGGGAGCAGAAGCAUGGGAGAGAUGCUUUGGAGAUGGAGAGGAAGAUGACGAGAUUGAAGGAGUUGGAAGAGGAAAAUGGAUGCUUGGGGAGGAGGAUAUCUUGUCUUGUUCAGGAGAAUUUGGAGUUGAAAAGGAAGUUGGAUUCAGCACAGAAGAUCGCCAAUUCGAUCAUUGAGUAUCAAAAGGCAGAAGAGUUGGAGGAAGUCCAGAACCUAAAACAAUCCAAUGACAAGCUGUUAAUGGAGAUUGAGAAGCUUCGGCUCAAUCACAGCUCAGAUGUAGAAGAGUUGGUUUACCUUAGAUGGGUCAAUGCUUGCCUAAGGUAUGAGCUAAGGAAUUACCAGCCUCCACAAGGGAAAACAGUUGCAAGGGAUCUAAGCAAGUGCUUGAGCCCCAGAUCUGAGGAGAAAGCCAAGCAACUCAUUCUAGAAUAUUCCAACUCUCAUGCCGAUGCGAAUGCCAUGAAUCCGAUAGUCCUCGACGACCACUCAUCUUCUUCAAAUGUGUCCACUGGAGAAUCAGAUAUCGCUUUUAUGGAAAUUUCCUCCACUCUGAAGCACAGCUCAAACAAAAUAAAGUUCUUUAGCAAGCUUAAGAAGCUCAUACUUGGAAAGGACCAUCAUCACUGUAAUAGAGUCUUCUCAGUUGACAAAACUCCUACCACUUGUAAUUCAGAUCACAGAGUUUCCUUCUCCAACAGUUCUGUUGAAGAUAUAUUUGGAAGAGAUUCAAAUGAUAGCUUUUCUUCCACCACAGUUGAAGAAAUCAGCUUGGCAGAUCAGACACCAGCAAUUGAAUUGAGAUCCUCAGUGGAUUUACAAAGGCCAAGAAGGACAAGUUUAGAGGUUGUAGAAGGGGAAGGAGAAGCUUAUAGCAGUGAGAGAGAUUCAUCUUAUAGUCAUAAGAGAACAGGCUCUGAAGAGGUGGUGCCCCCAUUACGUUCAGCUCACAGUAGAAGUGCUAGUAAUGAAGAAAAUGAUAUGGCUGAGAAGAUUGAGCUGAGAAAAUAUGCUGAGGUUUUGAAAGGUUCUAUUGGGACGAAAACGGUCAUCAGGAAAUCUACAUCGUUUAGUUAGUGAUGACUGGUUGCAGUAGAGAUUUGGGUUGCUUGUUGUGUCACAUAAACAAAUAUGAUCAAAUUGGCUAUCUAAAUUUUGCCAAUAUGCUCAGUAAGUAUAUUUUCUUGUUUAGGGUUGAAAUCCCUCAUAAAAACUGCUCUAGCUUUGUUAGAAAUAAAAAACAUAAUUUUUUUGUAAUAAUUGGAGAAAUUUCCUCUUCUAAAACUUGGAGAAAUUAUUAUGUGCGGAGACUGAUCAUCCGCAGACACCAGAAUACGCCAUGUCAGUGGUGCCGAGCCGCGGUACCGAGCACAGGGUGAUGUGCCGCAUUUUGACUUGUCUCCAAAGACGAUCGGCAUCCGCGCAGAAUAAUUUUUCCAACGAGCCUCUUUUGUCUCUAUCUUCUUUUUUCUCCUGUUUUUUGUUGUAAAAGGCUGAUGUAUUGUUGGGCUUUGUUAUUUAGUCAAUCUUUGAAUUUUAGUCCAUUAAUGCAGGAA